GCGACUCUCGCGAGACUGGUAGAGAGCGGAAGCACAGUCUGUGCAGGAUGCGGUUCCUGGUUGUGUUGGUCGCGCUGAGUGUCGCAGUGGCGGUAGCUGCAGAUGCCAUUCCGGCGCCCAUUCAGGACGUAAACCCUCCCAGUGCGCCCUCUGGAGGGAGAAACUCCCCGUCGAACGUGGAGUCAGGGAGAAAUAAUGCGAAAAAUGUAUUCGCUCCGAACGGAGGCCCGAGCAACUCGCAAAUAAAGCAGCCGGAGACUAGCGCAAACUCUAGCAGCUCAGAUCUGGAGUCGCGGGGGACAAGCGCAAACUCGAGCAAUUCGCACCCGGAGCUGCAGGACCCGAGCGCGAACUCUAGCAACUCAAAUCCCGAGUCGCCGAACUCGAGCGCAGACGCUGACAAGUCACCCCAGGAGCAGCAGGAGACAAGCGCAAACGCUGACAAGUCACCCCAGGAGCAGCAGGAGCCAAGCGCAAACGCUGACAAGUCACCCCAGGAGCAGCAGGAGACAAGCGCAAACAAAGACAAGUCACCCCAGGAGCAGCAGGAGACAAGCGCAAACAAAGGCAAGUCACCCCAGGAGCAGCAGGAGACAAGCGCAAACAAAGGCAAGUCACCCCAGGAGCAGCAGGAGACAAGCGCAAACGCUGACAAGUCACCCCAGGAGCCGCAGGAGCCAAGCACAAACGCUGACAAGUCACCCCAGGAGCAGCAGGAGACAAGCGCAAACAAAGGCAAGUCACCCCAGGAGCAGCAGGAGACAAGCGCAAACACUGGCAGUGUAUACAGUAACACUGCGGAGCAGCCCCAGAAAAUCGGCACUUCUACGCCUCCUGCUCUGCGGAAGACCACGGCAGAGAAAUACCAGUCCAGCAAGCCAGUCUCCAACCCCAGCCCUGGUAACACGCAGCCCGAGAGCAGCGUAAGCGGCCAGGCUGACAAAGCAGGGACCCCGCAGCCUGCUUCCAGAGCUGAAACCACGGAGGACUUGACAGUGGACUCUGAGCUGCCUUCUUCCCAGCAGGAGGGGGAGGACAAGCCUUUAGAGCCUGCUGAAGGUGCGGAGCCCAAGGAGGCUGGAGAAGGUGAGGCGUUUCCUGAAGAGGACUCACCCCCGGAGGAAGAGAAGGAGAAGAUGCCGGGGCCGCCCUCCGGGGAGAUCCGCGAGGGUUUGCUUCUGGAUCCCAUGAGCAGGGAGACGGAGGAGCUUUUCAGGGACAGCCCUGGAAGUUCCCGUGCAGAGAGCAGCCACUUCUUUGCCUAUCUGGUGACCGCGGCCGUUCUCGUGGCUGUCCUCUACAUCGCCUAUCACAACAAGCGCAAGAUUAUUGCUUUUGUCCUGGAAGGAAAAAGAUCCAGAGUCACUCGGCGGCCAAAGGCCAGUGAGUACCAACGCUUGGACCUGAAGCUUUGACUUCUGUCCACGAGAACCUUGUCCUCCCUGCUGAUUUGUUUCUAAUUCGAGAAAUGAAGAGACAAGUACUGUGACCUCAGAGCCACCCUACUUGGGGGUUUGGUGGCAAGUGUGGGCUGGCAGAGGCAGGGGACUGACUUGGGUUUUGCACCUGCACUUUGGUGACGUUGUGCUCCUGUGUUCCCUUUAUUUAUACUGGUGUCAUUUGUCCUCUUCUCCCGAGUGUGAGUGGAGGGAGCAUGUGGAAACGACUAUGACCAAAGGGAGACCUCAGCCCUGGGCAGACAGUGCCGCUGACCAUGCUCCAUUGAGCCUUGACUGUAGUGAGGGAGCCCUUGACCAUGGCAUUGCCCUCUGCACAGUUUAUCUCUGCAGCCCUAGGAGAAGACUGAAGGUAGAGGUGCUUUUCCUCUAAGGUCUCUUAUUCUGGGGGAUGUGCCCUACAAAAGAAAUAGAAGAUGGUGAAGCACGAUGGGCAGAGGCUGCUUUGAACGUGUGAUUUUUAUUAGAGGCUUCAGCAGCAAACCAAAAUAGCAGGUUAAAACAUGCAAACCUGUCUAGCAUAAGUUCUUCUUGUUUUUCUUAUAUUUUGUAUUCCUUGAGACAAAGUGAAUCAACUCCCUUUGAUUGUACUGAGUGUAAAAUUGAACUUUGGGUUUCUGGAAGUAAAGCCACUGUUCUCAUCAGAUUUGUUUUUAAGUGUGGUUAAGAUUAUUGAUUCAUAUAGUCAGGGUCAAUAGGAACUCUGAGAUAAGGCAAGUUGGUGCUUCAUGCAAGAACAUAUGUAGGAGGGUUUCAGUUUGGGUCUGCAUUUUUUUUCAAAGGGCUUAUCAAUUGCAUUCUUGCCCUUGUUGCCUAAAAAUGGACAAGAGACAUUGAGAAGCCAGCUGUAGUCUCUGAUCAUUUUAUCUUAAUCUUUUUAAUGAUCCUUGUAUCUGAUAUAAGAUGCUGAGAGUAAUUUAAAAAUUAUUCCAUUCCGUGUCAGAGGUUGUUUUAAAAUUCAAGAAAUUUCCUGAAUCCCCCGGGAUGACACUUUUUUUUUUUUGACAGGCAGAGUGGACAGUGAGAGAGAGACAGAGAGAAAGGUCUUCCUUUUGCCGUUGGUUCACCCUCCAGUGGCCGCCGCGGUAGGCGUGCUGCGGCCGGCGCACCGCGCUGAUCCGAUGGCAGGAGCCAGGUGCUAAUCCUGGUCUCCCAUGGGGUGCAGAGCCCAAGGACUUGGGCCAUCCUCCACUGCACUCCCUGGCCACAGCAGAGAGCUGGCCUGGAAGAGGGGCAACCGGGACAGGAUUGGUGCCCCGACCGGGACUAGAACCUGGUGUGCCGGCGCUGCAAGGUGGAGGAUUAGCCUAGUGAGCUGUGGCACCAGCCGACACUGUUCUUUGAAGUUUUACUUCAGCCUGUCCUAGCUGUGCUACCUAUAAUAGAGAGUUCAGUGAGAGUUGUGUCUGAGCUGAUCUCAGGGAUCUACAAAGUGUGUGGAAAGUGUGUGGGAGGUGAGGGAAAUACGAAUUCUGUGCUGUUGAAGGAGCCACUCUGAAGGAGGGGCCAUCCUGAUUGUCCUGUGUUCACCUAGCUGAAAACUGCCUGGCAGUCAGCAGCCUGACGGGGAUGCAGGAUGAAUCAGACUGUUCUUGGUGUCAUUUUCUCUCCUUGUGCACCAGGCUUGCCAUCAUUUCCUCCGACCUGAGGAACCUUCCCUCGGGCUCCUCUAAGGAGCUCCCCUAAGGCCAUCCGGUCUCCACCUCUGCCCUCUGUCUCUACUGUUAGUGUUCCUGUCUAUCUGCACUUUCCUCAGGCACACCCAUCUCUCCUGUUUGUCCCACUGUUUAACUUCUCCAGUAAAUGUUGCUUCUCUUACCUUGCCAGCCACUCUCUGUGGCUUCUACAAACUCACUUUGGUCGCUGUCUUUCUGCUGUGUUUUGCCAAAGGUUACCAAUUAUCAGAUCACCAAACCAGUAGCUAGCCUAUCCUUGAUAGAAUUGGGCACUAUUGACCAUCUAGAUCAAAAUGCCACUUUCUUGAGGGCUGACAAACUGUUCUUUGCCUUGUCCUAUGCUGAUGGGAAAGAGGGCCUUCUGACUGUCCUCACAAAUAUGUCUGUUCUUCAUCCGCCUGUCCCUUAUGUUGGAAAGAAGACCAACCUUAGAAUCAUUAUUCUUCCCAGAAUUCUUGAUCUGCUCUGCAGCUUGUCUGUACCUCUCAUGGCUUAGAGAAUCAACUUGUGGGCUGUUUGGUAUUCACGACUCUGCACAUCGGUAUCUUCCUCCACGUCUUUGCCUCCCACCCAGGCCAGAGGCGUCUUGUCCUGUACCCAUCCAUGCCUCUGUGCCUUUAUUCUUGCUACGUCCUUCGAUUUCCUAGCUUCCCGUGGUUAUUUCUCAGUUAGGUUUUCUGCCCUUCUCCUCCUCCUCUUGCCUUCCCCAAAUCUACCUGUUUGUUCAGGCUCACCCUGAGUUUUCCUGUCUGCCCCCAUCCUGUGAGGCCCUUUCCAUUCUAUUCUGGUAACUCUAAGUAAUGCCACUUGCUCAUUUUGGAACCUAAAAAAAAAAAAAAAAAAAACAGGGCAGGCAGAUCUGAUGUUUGUCUGGUCUCUCCCAAAAAUGAAGCUCUUGAGGGCCAGCGCUCGGCACCACCUUCACAUCUACCUAGCACAGUGACGUUCCUGGGGCACUCAGUUCAGUUACUUCCUGCCGAGUUGUUUUCCUUCUUCAUGGUGUCCAGGUGUGACUUAGAUGAGGACUUACAGAGCUCUUUCUGGCUGCUGGUUGCUGUGACCUUAUACUUGCUGCGUUUCGCUCUUAAAGAGAACGGGAAGUCAGCUUGGUUUCAGGAACGAAGAGAGUUGGCAGCCAGUGGACAUACAAGUAUUGUCAUUGAGUCCACACAGCUCAACUUUUUCAGCACACCAUUUCUUGGGCAGAAAGAAUAUGAUGGAAUUUAAGGUUAACUUUAGAAAUGGCACUGAAGGAAAUACCACACACCAAAGGAAAACUCAUUUCCAGGAUGGGUGUCUUUUUGAAGGUACCAGUGUUUGAAGCAUGCUUUCCUAGAGAUUGUGGGGAUGAGGGUGAAGUGGCUGAAGCAUCUCAGGACACGGCUGGGGGGUGGUGUGUAGGAAACACACAGAGGCACAAGAGGCACCCCUCUGUAGACAGCCAGGGGUUCUUUCCUGCCCCCAGCUUGUGGCUGAAGUGUGAUUUCCUUAGGAGGAAUCUUUGCUUCUGUCAAAGAUGUUAAGAGAGGAACUUGCCUUCCUGCCUGCUACAGAUUACUAAAUAGAGUUAUUUAAACAAUCUACUCGGGGGCUCUGAGAGAGUCAAAGGCGAGUCCAUCCAGAAGCGCUAAGAGAAUUGGCAGACUUGACAACCAGGUGUGUACACUGUGACAUUUCCCCCCUGACUUGGUGGUAGAACUCUGUACCUCUGAAAUCCCCCUGUUGGCAACACUCACUUUUCCUUGUUUUUACGUGGUAAUUUGACAAACAGUGCUAUGUGUGUGGUGAGCUAGAGCGACUUGCGUUCUGAACCAUUUGGACGUGGAGGUGGAGGAGGUGUGUCAUGCACCUGUGCUUCUGCCAGGCUGUUUCCUGAAAACUCUCACCAGGAAGGUUGAGUUUAACUUUGUCUUAAGAAUCCUGGAUUAUUUUCAGGUUUAAUUGAACACCCAGAGCCAAACAUGACUCUCAACUCAGCUCCAUAGUCAGAUGUAAAUUUCCCACAUAUUCCAACUUGGAAACUCCUCUGUGAAAGGCUUGGGUCUGAGCUGUAUAGUAUUUCAAGCUGCCAACAGAACCGGCCCCUCGCACUCGGGCAUAUACUCCUUUGAUUCCUGAGAGACUACCACGUUAAGUAAAUGACUGUGGAAAUGGUUUGCCUUUUUUGUUUACCCAAUCAGUAGUUUGCCACUACUUUGCAAUGUUUUAUAUUUUUAGCUUU